UCUUUCUCAAUUUCUCCAGUUAUUCUCCUACUUACUUGAUCUGUUUAUCCAUGGCGGAGGCGGAAGCCACCAAGGAGGUGCCCGUGGAACACCACCCGCCGCCGCUGACGCCUCCAGAACCCGAACCAGUUGUAGCCGCUCCCAAAGAAGUAGCCGAAGAGAAAGCGCUUGUUGCUUCCUCUCUUCCUUCUCAUCCUGAAGAAGAAACAGAGAAGCAUAAACCAGCUGAUGACUCUAAAGCUAUCGUCCUUGUUGAUCACAAAGAAGCUACAGAACCAGAACAUGUGGAAGAGAAAAAAGAGGGAGGAUCCAUCGAUAGAGAUGUAGUGCUUGCGCGAGUAGCUACAGAAAAGAAGCAUGCCCUCAUCAAAGCCUGGGAAGAAAGUGAAAAAGCAAAGGCUGAGAACAAAGCUCACAAGAAGCUAUCUGAAAUUGGUUCAUGGGAAAACAAAAAGAAAGCAGAUAUAGAAGCUGAGCUGAAAAAGAUUGAGGAGAAGUUGGAGAUACAAAAGGCGGAAUAUAUAGAGAAAAUGAAAAACAAGAUUGCAAUGCUUCACAGGGGAGCAGAGGAAAAGAGAGCAAUGAUUGAAGCAAAACGAGGAGAAGACCUUCUUAAGGCAGAGGAGUUGGCAGCGAAACACCGUGCCACCGGAACCCUUCCAACCAAAGCGUGUGGGUGCUUCUGAGGCUUUGGAAUCGUGUUUAUAAAGUUUGUGUGGUGAUAUUUAUUGUAUGCAAUUUAUUUAGAAGUGUUGUGAGGUGAUGCUGUAGAAACAAUACAAAAUUUGUUGUUCAUUGCUAUAGUGUGCAUAGUGAUGUAUUUGACAGUAUAUAAAUAACAGAUAAAAAGCUAAAACACGCCUUGUACAAGUGUGGAGGUUUUUCUCAUCGCUUAAAGGUGCAAGUCUUUAAGAUCAACAAUGGCGUAGAAUAGUAAUUGGAGUUGGUGGAGAAGUGUAACUCAAUUGAGGCAUAACGUAUGACUUAAUUGUUUAGUUCAAUUGAUAAUCAAACAAAAUAAUCCUUAACAU